AUGGCGAUGCUGCCCGUGCGUCUCCUUGGACGAGGGCAUCCCCUCCGCCUCGUCAGAGGCGCCGGUCUACUGCAGAGGCGUCUCGAGUCGACACUGACGGUGCACCGCCCUCACGAGUCGGCGUCGCGGGAGGUGCCCACGCCGAUGCUCGUUCUCACCUCCAAGUCGUGGACGCAGGGGACGCUGCCCAAGCCCGUCGAUGUCGGACCGCUCGUGUCGCACUUUACAAAGCACGGAUGGAGCGUCAUCUCUCUCGACCUGGAUCCCGCCCACGGGACAAAAGGAGGGCAGGACCAUCUCCUCGACUCGCUCACACAGGAGAUGACGUCGAAGCUUGGGUCGCAGGGCCCUCUGCCGUUUCCUCCCCUGCUCGUCUCGACCGGCCUGGCCUCGCUCGCGGCAGAACAAUACGUUAGUUCCCACCCGCUCUCUGGCCUGGUCCUGCUCGAUCCGCCCCUGAGCCCGCUCAAGGCGCACGAAGCGAACCCAGAGGCACUUCCUGCGCCGUUGGACGACUUUACCUACGAGCCACGCUUUCCCACGCUCGUCGCCUGGUCGCGCGCCGAGUUGGACCGUCAAAGCCAGGCGGGCGUGCCGUGGUGGGAGGCCCACCGGAUCGAGAUCCUGCUCGAAGAGGAGGCCGGCGAGAGCCUGGACAGAAAGGUGUACGACAUGGCCGACGAGGAGGGCGCCGCGCUGCAGAUCAGAACAUGGGCAGAGCAAGAGUGUGGAAUUGGCGCAGCGAAGGAGGAGGGGCAGGCAAAGAUGGAGGAAACGGACGAAUUGGACGAAGAAGAGGAGGAUGACGGCGAGGUUGCCACUGCCAGUCAGAGGGACGCUGGAAUCCUUCCAGAGUGGUUUACUUCGGGAAACUAUCAGUGGAAUCCGUCAGGAUCGAAAAAGGAGCCGUUGCUGCUCGACGACAAGGACCUUCAGGAGUACUUUAUCCGGGGUUCAGGUCCAGGCGGCCAGGCCAUCAACAAGCUCUCAAUAUGCGUAGUACUCCGACACGAACCGACGGGGACCAAAGUCAGGUGCCAGGAGUCGCGAUCAAGGGAGACCAACAGGGGAUUGGCGAGGCGCUUGCUCAGCAGGAAGAUCGAUCUUCUCCUCCGAGGCCCGGAUAGCGUCGAGGCGCAGGACCAGCUUCGGCGAAAAAAGAAGAAGCUGAACAAGAAGAAAAAGAUGAUCAAGCGGAGGCUGGAGCAGGGCGUCGUGCUGAGGCAGAAGCAUCGCGAAUUCCUUAAAGAGCAUGACAAUGACUCGGAAUGAAACAAGUGCAAAGCCAGAUUUACAAAGG